CGUAUUAACUAGUGGACGGAACAGCUUCCUCAACAACAAAACGGCUGAUUCAACCACCUCGGUAGCUUGCUUGCUAACAUAAAACCGAAACAUUGAAGCUCUGUAGAUCAUUGGGUUUGUAUUAACUUCAGUGUUUUUAACAUACUGUCUGCGUCUUUACUAGAUACUCCAUUUAAUAUUUACGUUGUUAGUCAGCUAGCUGACUGGUUAAAUUAGCCGAGCACUAGGCUAGUCGCUAAAGCUAACUAGCUAGUUAACGUCCCCGACCAUGAGUUCAUUAAGCUACUCCCCUCCUGCUAAAGAAGAGGAGGUCUGCUGGACGGAGAAAGAAGUUAUUGUGAAAGAGGAGAAGGAAGAGGAGGCUGUUACAGUUAAAAAGGAAGUAGAGGGUGAAGCUGUUACAGUGAAAGAAGAAGAAGAAGCUUUCGGAGUGAAAGAGGAGGAAGAUAAACAAGAGAAUGUCGUUUUUGUUGAAGAGGAGAAUAUGACUGUAUUAGUAAAAGAAACGGAACAAGUUUUUGGAGUGAAGGAGGAGGGGGAGAUUACUGUCACAUUGGAGGAGGAGGAGGAAGAAGAGGAAGAAGAGAAUAAUGGAGAUCUGAUUAACACCAGAGAGAGACAAGACUCGGAGGAACCAGAGCCAGAGACGUCCAAACCAGCAAGACGACACCAGUGCUCCCAGUGUGAAAAGAGUUUUACCAAGUUAGGGAGCUUGAAAAUACAUAAUAGAAUACACACAGGAGAGAAGCCCUACCAAUGCUCCCAGUGUGGAAAGCAGUUUACCCAGUUAGGGACCCUAAAAUUGCAUAAUAGAAUACACACAGGAGAGAAGCCUUACCAAUGCUCCCAGUGUGGAAAGAGAUGUUCACAGUUAAGUUCCCUGAAAUCACACGAGAAAAUACACACAGGAGACAAGCCUCACAAAUGCUCUCAAUGUGGCAAUACUUUUAAGAGGUUAAGUAACCUGAAAGAUCAUGAAAGAGUACACACUGGAAAAAAGCCUUACCAAUGUUUCCAUUGUGAAGAGAGUUUUGGCUGGUCAAGGCAACUGAAAGCGCAUGAGAGAACACACACUGGAGAGAAGCCUUAUCACCACUGCUCCCAGUGUGGAAAGAGUUUUACCCAGUUAUGGAACCUGAAAGCACAUGAGAGAAUGCACACAGGAGACAAGCCUCACAAAUGCGCUCAAUGUGGAAAAACUUUUAACCGGUUAUAUAACUUGAAAGUACAUAAGAGAAUACACACAGGGGAAAAGCCUUAUCACUGCUCCCACUGUGGUAAGAGUUUUAUCCUAUCAAGGGCCCUGGCAACGCAUAAGAGGACACACACAGGAGAAAAGCCUUACCAUUGCUCCCAGUGUGGUAAGAAUUUCACUGACUCAAGUAACUGGAAAAAACAUGAGCUAACACACUCUGUAAUGAAGCGUUUCCAGGGUUCUCAUUGUGAAAGGAGGUUUAAGAAGUUAGGGAAACUGAAGCAGCGGGAGAAAAUACACACUACGGAGAAGCCUUUUGGAACUGCUCCCACUGUGGAAUGACAUUUACCUGGUUAAGGCAACUGAAAUGACAUGAAAGAAUCCACACGGGAGAGAAACCUUACCAAUGCUGCUCCCACUGUGGAGAGAGAGAUUUCACACAAACUUACAGUUCAUGAGUUAACACACUGCUCCCACAUUUGUCUAAUUUUGGACUGAAAGUUGGUGCUUUUGUGGUUUUGUUUAUGUCCUUAUUGCCAUAUGAAAUCAGAUUGGAGAAAGCCUACUCAGAAAUACAUUUUUAUGUUUUUUUAAUUUCCUGUUUUAGGGGGUAGGGUUGGAUACAGGAUAUGAACCUGGUUUAGGGGUUGGAUACAGGAUUUGAACCUGGUUUAGGAUUGGAUAAAUAGGCCCGAGGUUAAGAAAUGGGAACUUACUGAGGAGGAUAGGCUACUCCAGAGAAAGGCGGGAAGGGUACCAAAGGAAGAGGUGUACCGAAAGAAAGUCAGUAAGCGAGAGCAUGGAGAGGGUGCAGGAGUAGCAGUAACCAAAUUAAAAAGCUUCACCCAUAGACACAGGCAAGAAACGCAGCAGGACAGAAAGACAAAGGAUCAGAGGCCCAGGACAGCCACCUCUGGGGGAGGUAACCUCUCCAAGCUAAUUGACGGAGAGAUGGCAGAAAGGGUUAGGAAAGAACUACUGUUGGAUGCCGGAGCAAGGAGGACAGGGCCCACGGGGAAGAAAGAGUGGCGCCUGUUAGGAAAUUAUGACUGAACAAAUCAUUUUAAAUGGAACUGUAAGUAAACUUAUACUCUGUUAUAUUAUAUCUGAUUAACAAUAUGAGUUCAUAAGAAGGAAUUGUGUGACAGGACAAGGAGUAAUAAAAUGUUAAAGAACACCAUUCCAACUGGGCAGGAACAAAUGGGUUGUGGACUGUGUAAACACUUAAGGUCAUUAGCCUAUGGUUGACCCAACUGAAACUUAGCUCUGGGGUUUUUAGAUUAGGCAGUGAGUGCAUUCCUAGGGUUUCUGUUAAUUAAAACUGUCAGUUCAGUGGUGAUCGAUAAUGUUGAGGGGUCAAAAGUUAUCUGGGAGUGUGUUAGUAAGUUAGAAUGAACUUUUCACCUUACUUUGUCCCGGUCGAGAGGAGGGGGUUCGGUUAAGGCAGUGAAAUGACGUCAUGAUCUGUAUAUAAACUGAUGCAUGUGUUUAAGUGGUAGCGCGCUCCGAGAAUAAAUUCUAUUACCUAUUAUUUAAAGACUGGUCUGCGUCUAUUUUAUGCAAACAAGAAAUCUUACAAAUUCUCAUAAAAUAGAUGAAAGCACAUUGGCAUAAUUAAAUUAUACUAACACGCCCCAUAUGGGCACUACAAGCAGUAGAAAAAGCAGAAGUGAGAGAGAAGGAAAGACCAGGUAGACAGAGUGAAAGGGGAGUAGGGAACCCGCCUAACUGGGAGAAGAUGGAUCAACUGUCCAGGGCAGUGAUGAGAUGCGAGGAAGCAGCAGGAGAUCUAAGGAGGGAGUUAAAAUAUGUAGGGGAUCAGUGGGUUAAGAUAUUAGGACCCAGCAGAAAGGACAAGAAGAGGGGAAGGAAGGCAAUAAGAGAUAGAAAUUGCUAACCCCAUUGUCCCCUGAUUCUAGGAAAGAGAUGUGAGAGAAGAAUCAGAGGGAGACCAAAGUAGUGACCUUCAGAUAAUUAUAGGAGAGUGGAGUAUGGAGUACAUGGGGGAAUAUGUGAAACAUUGGCAUAUAUUCGAUAAACCGGACCUACACAAUUGUUGUGAAGGACACAUGUUAAGCUGGACAACAACUGACCACCUAGAUAUAUGUGGGGGUUGUGCAAAGAAGCUUAGAGGAAGAUUGCAAGGGAGACUUUCAUGGAGAGGGAGACUUAAAAAGUAUGUGCCUAGAUUGCCUGACAGAAGGUAGAGACUGGCAUGGAGAGGGAGAGACUGAGAAAGUACGUGCCUAGAUUGCCUGACAGAAGGUAGAGACUGGCAUGGAGAGGGAGAGACCUAGAUUGCCUGACAGAAGGUAGAGGCCUAAAAUGAGGUUGAUAGUAAAGACAGGGAACACAUGGGAAGUGACAACUGAUAGGGAAGAAGCCAGACUGAGAAUAGAGUACUUAGGACAAGAGAUAGAGUGGGAUAAAGACUCAGGUAGGAUAAGGAUGACAGGACUAAAUAAUGAAAUAUAUUACACAGGAUGGACCCCUCGGUGCACCGGGUGUGACAGGGGCACCUAUGGAGAGUUGACUAGGCAGUCAGCCUCAGGGACUAAAAUAACAAGUCCCUUUUGUAAGCAUUGCUUCUGCAACAUGACCUGUCAUAGAGAUAAGGGCAUAUGGUAUCGGGAGGAAGAAGAAGAAGCCUGGCCCUUUGAAAGCACAUUUACGCAGCUUAUGCUAGGAGGUAGAAUAGUAGCUAAAGGGCUUACCAGAGACUGGAGGUUUGUAAAGAGCAGGCACCUAAUAGAUAGGGAGGAGAAACAGACAGGACCAGUAUGGGAUGGUACAGGCACAGGAUGGGAAGGCUCUAGCAAUAAAAUAUUUAGGCCCAGCAACGAGAAAAAGCAGGAAAAGAGUCAAGGGAAGGUCCGAUCUUGGAGAGGGUGUGGCAAAAGGCAAAAAAGAACAGACCCCUCCCUCAGUGGCCGGUCCAGUUCCAGGGCCACAUUUAUGGGCUCUAAGGCCAUCUGUUGACUGGGGGAUAAAAUAAGAAAUUGCCACAACAGCAGGUGACCAGUAGAGGGAGCCAAAGGCAUGGGAAAUACAAGUACUGGGAAUUAAACAAGAACCAACCUACAGGGAGACUGAGGAGGAGUGGUAUGAACCAACCUACAGGGAGACUGAGGACGAGUGGUAUGAACCAACCUACAGGGAGACUGAGGACGAGUGGUAUGAACCAAC